UUGUGUUCCUGGGCAAAUCCUCUGCAAGUCUCUCCCUUGCACUUGCACUAGAGCACGCUUUACUUACCCCUAAUCUGCAAAUUAGGGUUUCCAAUUCGUCCUCUUUCCUCCCCAAUUCCUUUACCCAUUUCUCAAUACUUCCCUAAUUCCGCUCAACAAUGAAGAAUCAACACCCAAAACACGAAGGAAACAGAGAGAAAUUCAGCGGCUCGAGAUCGAGUAGCAUGAAGAAGAAGAAGAAGAACAUGAGGAGGAUGGGCGGUCAAGGCCUUUCGCUCGAGGCCUUCGCGAGUGCCAAAUCGAACAGCAGCUACUUCAACCCAGCUUUGAUUAAGAAGCAGAAGGAGCUCUACAAGAACUCCAAGUAUGUGAACAAGUAUAAGAAGUCACUGAAACAACAGCAGAGCAAUCCUCCGUUGGCGAUAAGCCGCUUCGAGGAGGAGAUGGAAACCGAAGAUGGUAAAAGGGAGAGCAAAACGGGAUAUGUUAGUAAGAAGGAGAAUGAGACUGAAUGUGGUAGUAAAAUGGAGAGUGGAGCUGGAGAUAGUAGUGAAAAGGAGAACGAAACUGGAGGUGGUAGUAAGAUGAGUAAGAAUGACAAGAAGAAAAAGAAGUACGGUGCUCGUAGUAUAAUGAAAAUGUAUGAGAUGAAACAUGAAGAUGAACAGAAGGAGAGAAUGGAGAGGGAGGCGAUUAUUCAGGCAAAGAAGGAAGAACGAGAAAAGGCGGAAGCACGAAGGAAGUCUUCUAGGGAGAAGAUGCUUAAGAAAACGCAUAAAGGUCAGCCUGUUAUGAAGUACAGAAUUCAGCAUCUUUUGGAGACUAUUCAAGGUUCUUCGAAGCAAGCAUAGUUUGCCAAUUAGAGAGCGCUUCGGAGGUGGUUUGCAGAUGAACAUGAGUAUAACUGUAUGAGAGAAGUUGUUCGUUUCGGAGGCUCGCUGCUGGUUUGCAAACUUGCAAUGCUAGAGCUUCCCCUCCAUUGUGUUUUUCCAAAGUUGAAUUUCCUCGAUAUCCAUACAAAACAUGUUCUCCAAGGAAAACGUUAAAACGGGUUACCAGCUUUAUUUGUGUACCCUGUUUAGAAUG